AUGGAGACCGUACCGGGAAAAGCGAAGCCUCAGGGGCGGCUAGUGGUCUCCACUCAGCUGGACGCUAAGGACGAGCUGGAGGAGAGAUUGGAGCGUUGUGUUGGUCUCGUUCAGGCGUUGACCAAUGGGCUUUCAGAGAGGGAAGCCAACGACGCACUCACUGCCAACGUUUGUAAAGGUCCUCAGCAACAUGAGGAGGUGUGUCUGGGUCUGUUCUCUCUCGUCCUCACAGAGCCCACCCAGGCCCAGAGGUGUUACAGAGACCUGACGCUGCUCAACAGAGAUGGAAUGAAUGUGGUUCUGGUGAAGAUCAACCAGAUCCUGAUGGAGAAGUUCCUCAAGCUGCAGGACGUCCCCAGAACACAGCUGGUGUGGCUGGUCAGAGAGCUGGUGAAGAGCGGUGUGAUUGGGGCAGACGGCGUCGUCAUGACGCUGCUGAAGCAGAUCGCAGGGGGAGACAUUUCCACUAAGAACCUCUGGCUGGCUGAGAGCGUCCUCGACAUCCUGCUGGACCAAAAGGAAUGGGUGUUGAAGAGUGGGAUGCUGAUAGCGAUGUCUGUCUACACCUACCUCCGCCUCAUCGUCGACCACGGAGCUCCCAACCUGCUGAUUCUGCGCCAGAAAGAGGUUGACUACUGCAUCUCCAUGCUGAGGGAGAAGUUCAUGGAGUGUCAGAUCAUCGGCAGAGAUCUGGUUCGUCUGAUGCAGAACGUCGCUCGGAUCCCAGAGAUGGAGCUCGUGUGGAAGGACCUGCUCCACAACCCACAAGUCCUCAGCCCUCAGUUCACUGGUGUUCUCCAGCUGCUGACCGCUCGCACCUCCAGGAAGUUUCUGGCCUGUCGUCUCACUCCGGACAUGGAGACAAAGCUGCUGUUCAUGACCUCCAGGGUGCGUUUCGGGCAGCAGAAGCGCUACCAGGACUGGUUCCAGAGGCAGUACCUCUCCACAGCAGAGAGCCAAUCACUGCGCUGUGAUUUGAUCCGCUACAUCUGUGGUGUGGUCCAUCCGUCCAAUGAGGUACUGAGCUCCGACAUCCUUCCCCGCUGGGCCAUCAUUGGCUGGCUCCUCACCACCUGCACGUCAAACGUUGCAGCUUCCAAUGCCAAACUGGCUCUCUUCUAUGAUUGGCUGUUCUUCAAUCCUGAAAAAGACAGCAUCAUGAACAUAGAACCAGCCAUCCUGGUGAUGCAUCACUCCAUGAAACCUCAUCCUGCCAUCACCGCUACACUGCUGGACUUCAUGUGCAGGAUCAUUCCUCACUUCUUCCCUCCGUUGGAGUCUCAGGUCCGUCAGGGCGUCUUCAACUCGCUCACCUUCAUCAUGGAGAAGAGAGUGCUGGCUCACCUCGCUCCGCUGUUUGAUAAUCCAAAGCUGGACCGAGAGCUUCGGUCGAUGCUCAGAGAGAGAUUCCCUGAGUUCUGUAGCUCGCCCUCCCCCCCGACUGAAGUCAAGAUGGAGGAGGCCGCUUCCAUGGAGAUGGAUAACAAUGUUUUGGACAAAGAGGAUGUUUGCUAUGAUACCACAGAGGCGGCCUUCAGCGACGAUGAGGAGGAGGUCCACAGCAAAGGCAAGAAGAGGGAGUUCAGGUUUCAUCCAAUCAAAGAAGCUGUGGUGGAGGAGCCCGCUGACAUCACUCCAUGGCUCGACCAACUAGACGACACCAUGAAAGAGAAAGUCCAGCAGCUACAGAAGACCAGUGACACGGAGACUCAGUGUGAAGUGAUGCAGGAAAUUGUGGAUCUCAUCCUCGAGGAGGACUUUGACUCUGAGCAGAUGUCUGCUCUGGCGUCUUGUCUGGCUGAACUGUUUAAAGAUCACUUCAGAGGAGACGUCCUGCCAGACGAGAUCACAGAGGAGUCCCUGGAGGAGUCCGUGUCGAAACCCGUCUGCCUGGUCUUCAGGAACCUGGUCACCAUGCAGGAGGAUAACAGCGGAUUCUCAGUGCUGCUCGACAUGUUGGCUGAAUUCUACCAGAAACAGCCCAAGAUUGGGUAUCACCUGCUGUACUACCUCAAAGCCAGUAAAGCGGCCAACGGGAAGAUGAUGCUGUACGAGUCUUUUGCUCAGGCGACGGCUCUCGGGGAUCUGCACACCUGUCUGAUGAUGGACAUGAAGGCGUGUCAGGAGGACGAUGUCCGGCUGCUCUGCUACCUCACGCCCUCAAUAUACUCUGAGUUCCCAGAUGAGACUUUGAGGAGCGGUGAGCUGCUCAACAUGAUUGUGGCCGUCAUCGACUCGACACAGUUGCAGGAGCUGAUGUGUCAUGUGAUGAUGGGGACCCUGGUGAUGUUCAGGAAAGACUCUGUCCUCAACAUCCUGAUUCAGUCUCUGGACUGGGAGACCUUUGAGCAGUACAGCACCUGGCAGCUGUUCCUGGCCCACAACAUCCCUCUGGAGACAAUCAUCCCCAUCCUGCAGCACCUGAAGUAUAAAGAACAUCCAGAAGCCUUAUCCUGCCUGCUGCUGCAGCUCCGCCGGGAGAAGCCCAGUGAAGAGAUGGUGAAGAUGGUCCUGAGUCGUCCGUGUCACCACGAGGACCAGUUCACCACCAGCAUCCUGAGACACUGGACCUCCAAACACGACGACACACUGGGGGAACACAUCAAGGCCCAGCUCAUCAAGAACAACAACCAGCCCCGCAAGAGACAGAGUCUUCGUAGCUCCAGCAGUAAACUGGCUCAGCUGACCCUGGAACAGAUCCUAGAGCACAUGGACAACCUGAGACUGAGCCUGAGCAACACCAAAAACAACUUCUUCACCCAGACGCCGAUCCUUCAGGCGCUGCAGCACGUUCAGGCCAGCUGUGAUGAGGCACACAAGAUGAGGUUCAGCGACCUGUUUGCUCUGGCGGAGGAGUAUGAGGACUCUCAGUCAAAACCUCCCAAGUCUCGGCGUAAAGCUCCCGCCUCCUCUCCUCGCUCGCGCAAAGGAGCGGCUCCGCCCACCAACAACGAGGAGGAGUCCGCCUCCAGCAGCGCCUCGGAGGAGGAGGACUCUAAGCCCAAAGCCCCCAAGAGGAAGAGGAAAGGCUCGUCGGCCGUCGGCUCGGACAGCGACUGAUGAAUGCUCUGACCAAUCACGUGCCAGCUGCCACUUAGACUGCCUGUAAACCUGGGAGAGGCCACGCCCCCUCCCGACGACAUGUACUGACCGCCGUGGGAGGGGCAGGGCUGGACCACAAUUAGACUGAUGCCGUUUCCACGGAGGAGACUGGCGGGUCUUAGGUCGCCGGGUGGCUUCCGUUUAGCAGUUCUCCCAUGAUGCACUUGUAGGAGAAACCACGAACUCUGGGAACCAACAGACUGAUUUUAAUGCAGGGAAGAUGAUGAUGAAAUACAAUGAAAAAGAGUAGUUGUUUGCGGGUAAUUCUGUCUGCCCUUUUUGUAUUUUCUCUUUUUUGGAGGGGGGGGGGGGGGGGGGGCCUUGGACUUAUUGUGAAGGAUCUGGACUUCCUGCUGUUGCGAGCAGCUCUGUCCUGACUGUCGCUGCAGUAAAAAUCUCAUCGACGGUUCAUCAGGUUGUCAGUUAAUACAUUUUAUCAGUUUGUCAAAGUGAAAAACAAAAUCUAAUGGACUUGGUGUGUGUCAGUUUUUUUCAGGUGGUCUGGUUGUAUUUCAGUACUUGGUUCUUCACAGAGGCAUCGGUUCUUAUUUCAAAACUGCACACGAAUGUGGUAAAAGUAUGUUAAAUCACACGUUUCAUUAAAUAGAUCAAAGGUCAUUGAUCAAGUGAACCAGUAUGAUCCACCUGAGCUGUGCCAGUUACCAUAGCAACAUCCCACAGACCUGCCACUGGUCAGUGGGAUUCUUUCCACCUUAAUAAACCGCCCAGCGUCUCAGAUUGGAUGGAGAAAAGGUGAUGUUGUGAUCUUCGCAAUAAAACAUUUUAUACUUA